AUGUCUGAUCCUCCACCACCGCCACCGCCUCCUCUUCCACCUUUGAAGCCAUCACAACACUCCCACAGAAUUGAUCCUCCCCCAACUCCUAAACCCCCACCCAAACAUAACCCAGAUUCGCUUCCCUUCAUCCCAACAACAUAUCCCUUUUACGGGACCCUUACCCAUCCUUCCAUUCUCGCCCACAUCCUCUGCCUGCCAUCCCAGCCGACCCUCCAUCAGGCUUCGCUCACCGGCUACGCCCUGACCUCCUGGGGCCAGUACCGCGCUCUUGUUCCUGGCUCGUCAUCUUCUGUUGUCUCUGGCUUCACAUACGAGGUUCAGACCCAAGGCCAUGAGCUCGCACUUGCGAGAUACGAGACCCACGCCUACGAAGCUGUGCCAUGUUUAAUCAGAUUAGUCAACGCUGAUGGAAAAGUAACCGCUGAGGUGAGCGGAAAGACAUUCGUCUAUGCGGGCGAUCCAAGGGCAUUGGAGCAAGGCACCUUUGACAGGAAACUGUGGGAGUAUUAA